GUCUGUUAUACAUUUCUAAACCGCCUAUCGUACUCCAUUUUCAGUUUACACCGACUUGCCUGUGAUCCAAAUCUAUAUCAACACUUGCAAAAAAAACUGAAAGUAUUCUGGCAACAAUUUUGCUCAAACAACAACACUCAUGGUGUUCAUCAAUCUCCCAAACCACAAAACCCUAACCCUAAACAUCAAUCCAUCUACAUCUUCACUCCAAACCCUAACCCUACAAAUCCAUGAAAAAACCCAAAUCCCAAUCACCCAACAACGCCUCUAUUCAUCCUGCAAACGUCUAAUUAACCCCAAACAACCCUUAUCCGAUUUGGGUAUUUCCCCAAAUUCAACCCUAACCUUACACAUCCCUCUAUUAGGAGGUAUGCAAGCACCCGUUGCCCCGAAAGCCCGGCUCGAUUUCCUCAACACACGGCCCCCCGCGAAUUACGUCGCGGGUUUGGGCCGUGGGGCAACGGGAUUCACGACCCGGUCCGAUAUCGGCCCGGCCCGUGCUGCCCCCGACCUCCCUGAUCGUGCUGCGGGUGCCCAGGCACCCGCGGCGCCCGGUGUUGGUCGGGGACGUGGGAAAGAGGAAGAUGAUAAUGAGGAUGAUGCUGAGGAAAAAGGGUAUGAUGAGAAUCAGAAAUUUGAUGAGUUUGAAGGUAAUGAUGUGGGGUUGUUUGCAUCAGCUGAGUAUGAUGAGGAUGAUAAAGAAGCUGAUGCUAUUUGGGAGAGUAUUGAUCAGAGAAUGGAUUCGAGGCGGAAAGAUAGGAGAGAAGCUAGGUUAAAGCAAGAGAUUGAGAAGUAUCGAGCUUCGAAUCCGAAGAUUACUGAACAGUUUGCUGAUUUGAAGAGGAAAUUGUAUACAUUGUCUAGUGAUGAGUGGGAUAGUAUACCUGAAAUAGGGGAUUAUUCGUUACGGAAUAAGAAGAAGAGGUUUGAGAGUUUCGUGCCUGUUCCCGAUACCCUUUUGGAGAAGGCGAGACAGGAGAAAGAACAUGUGAGUGCGUUGGAUCCGAGGAGUAGGAUAGUUGGUGGAAUGGAGACGCCUUCUUCGCAGACGCCUGUUGCUGAUUUGACUGCGGUGGGUGAAGGGAGAGGAACCGUGUUGUCGGUGAGGUUGGAUAGGAUUUUGGACUCGGUUACUGGGCAAACGGUCGUGGAUCCUAAGGGAUAUUUGACUGAUUUGAAGAGUAUGAAGAUUACUAGCGAUGCUGAGAUUUCCGAUAUAAAGAAGGCUAGAUUGUUGCUUAAGUCGGUUACUCAGACGAAUCCGAAGCAUCCUCCUGGUUGGAUAGCAGCUGCUAGAUUGGAGGAGGUUGCAGGGAAGAUGCAGGUAGCAAGACAGUUGAUAAAGAAAGGUUGUGAAGAGUGUCCUAAGAAUGAGGAUGUUUGGUUGGAGGCGUGUCGUUUGGCGAGCCCGCUGGAGGCUAAGGCAGUGAUUGCUCAAGGUGUUAAAGCAAAUCCUAACUCGGUAAAGUUGUGGAUGCAGGCUUCAAAGUUGGAGGAAGAUACAGCGAACAAGAGCCGUGUGUUGAGGAAAGGCUUAGAGCAUAUCCCCGAUUCGGUGAGGUUGUGGAAAGCUGUUGUGGAGUUGGCUAAUGAAGAAGAUGCUAGACUUUUGCUUCAGAGGGCUGUGGAAUGCUGCCCAUUGCAUGUGGAGCUUUGGCUUGCUCUUGCUAAGUUGGAAACUUAUGAAAAUGCUAAGAAGGUACUUAACAAGGCUAGAGAAAAGCUACGUAAAGAGCCUGCCAUUUGGAUCACUGCAGCUAGGCUUGAAGAAGCCAAUGGGAAUUCUGCUUCAGUUGGGAAAAUUAUUGAAAGGGCAAUCAGGGCUUUGCAGAAUGAAGGUUUGGAGAUUGACAGGGAGGCUUGGAUGAAGGAGGCUGAAGGAUGUGAAAGAGCCGGUUCUCUUGGGACUUGCCAAGCUAUAAUAAAUAACACUGUUGGGGUUGGUGUUGAGGAAGAAGAUAGGAAGAGGACCUGGGUUGCUGAUGCUGAGGAGUGCAAGAAAAGGGGUUCUAUUGAAACGGCAAAAUACAUUUAUGCACAUGCUCUUACUGUAUUUAGAACUAAGAAAAGCAUCUGGCUUAAAGCUGCACAGCUCGAGAAAAGCCAUGGCACUAGGGAAUCGCUUGAUGCACUUCUUCGAAAAGCAGUUACCUACAUUCCAAAGGCUGAGGUUCUAUGGUUGAUGGGUGCCAAGGAGAAGUGGCUUGCUGGUGAUGUUCCUGCAGCUCGAGCAAUUCUGGAGGAAGCAUUCGCUGCAAUUCCUGAUUCUGAGGAGAUAUGGCUUGCUGCUUUCAAGCUCGAGUUUGAGAACCGUGAGACAGAGAGGGCAAGGAAGCUUCUUGCUAAGGCACGUGAAAGGGGAGGCUUGGAACGUGUCUGGAUGAAGUCAGCCAUUGUGGAGAGAGAGCUUGGAAAUGUGGAUGAGGAGAGGAGAUUGCUGGACGAAGCAUUGAGGCGCUUCCCCUCAUUUUUCAAACUUUGGUUGAUGUUGGGACAGCUGGAAGAAAGACUUGGUAAUUCUGACAAGGCAAAGGAUGCCUUUGAGUCUGGCAUUAAGCAUUGCCCCAAUUGUAUACCCCUUUGGCUAUCCCUUGCUUCUCUAGAGGAGAAGAUGAAUGGGCUGAGCAAAGCUCGAGCAGUUCUUACCAUGGCCAGGAAGAAGAAUCCUCAGAACCCUGAGCUAUGGCUUGCAGCUGUGCGGGCUGAAGCUAGGCAUGGCUACAAAAGGGAAGCUGAUAUUUCCAUGGCUAAAGCAUUGCAGGAGUGCCCCAACAGUGGCAUUCUAUGGGCUGCUUCAAUUGAGAUGGCGCCUCGGCCUCAAAGAAAAACCAAGAGCUCUGACGCUUUAAAGAAGUGUGAUCAUGAUCCCCAUGUUAUUGCUGCUGUCGCUAAGCUGUUUUGGCAGGAGAGGAAAGUUGACAAAGCAAGAAAUUGGUUCAACAGGGCAGUGACCCUUGCACCAGAUAUUGGUGAUUUCUGGGCAUUGUACUACAAAUUUGAACAGCAGCAUGGAGCAGAAGAGCAGAGGAGCGAUGUGCUGAAGAGAUGUGUUGCUGCAGAGCCAAAGCAUGGUGAAAAAUGGCAAGCUACAGCAAAGGCCGUAGAGAACUCUCAUGAACCAACUGAAAGCAUACUGAAGAAGGUGGUAGCCACACUAAAGAAGGAGGAGACUUUGGCUGAAAAUAACCACAAUUAAUCUGCUGUAUGUGUGAGUCUUUGUACUUGAUAAUCUAGCGAGAUUUAUAGGUUAGGAGACAGUAGUGAAAACAUCCUUGUUUGAAUUGUACUUCAAAUGGUUGGAUCUUGGUUGUAUUUGUCACGUCAUGGUGAGCUUAUUAUUGCAAUUUUCCAGUUCUCAUAUUAUGGCUGGAUGGAUAUUUCUGA